UGAAAUGUUGAUAAAUAACUAAGUUAUUUAAAAAAAAGUAAGAUGAUAUGUGUUUGAGAGAAAAGUUAAUAUUAUUGAUGGUGUUUUUAUUCUUUUUGGAGUAAAUGUUUUUUAUUGAAUUAUGAAAGUGGAAUAUCAAUUUUAAAAAUUGUUGUAUGCCUAUUUUGCGAAAUGUUAGCACUUAAUAAAAAUAUUAAUAUGCCAGCUAAUUGUAAUGUCUCAGAAGCAUUAUGUUUAGUAUGUAAUUUAAAUUUGGAUAUAUCAUCAAGUUUUAACAUAUUUGAUACUUUUUUGUCUGGUAAUGGAGAAAUGCUAGCAAAUUUUAUAUUUGGUGUUUUAAAUCCUGUUACAAAUUUAACGAGCUCUUACAUCUGUUUACAAUGUUACAAUCUCUUUGUGAUGUUAGAGCAGGCACAAUCUACAGUAAAAAAUAUUCAAAAUGAAAUUAUAAAAAUUUACCAAUCGUCAAAACAUGGGAAAAAAAUGCCAAUUAAAAAUGAAAUAGUUUUAAGUAGCGAUGAUGAAGAAAAUGAAAAAAUUACAUCCCGUUUAGAUUUCACCAAGAAAUUAACUAUCCCUUCUCAUUUCAACGAUUUGAAUCAGAUAGAAACUUUCGGAGAGCUGAAUAAUGCUGAUCCAAAAAAAACCGAAUCACUGAAUAAUUCUAAAAAAAUUUCAAGUUCAUCUACUACAAAUAUACAUAUUCCAGAAAAUUUAUAUGUACUUCAAAUUGAUCAAGAUACAACAAUUGGGACUGAAGGUACAACCAUGAUUGAUAAUGAAAUUCAUAACAUUACUAAUCAAACAAUAAGUUCUCCCAAUGAAAACAAUAUUCAUUCUAAAGAUAUUCUAACAAUGAUAGAUGAAAAUGUAGCCUCAAAAGAAACAACUCUUGAAAAGAUACCAAGAGUCCUGAAUAUUGAAGUUCAUCAAAAUAAAUUAGAUGCAUUUAAUAAUACACUAAGCACAGAAUGUCUGAAAGAAAGUGCUUAUGAAAAAAAAAAUUGUGAAAAAUCAUUUAAAAAGCCAGGGAAAAAAUUAAAAAUAAAUCAUGAAAAGUCUCUAAAGUAUACAUGCAUGACUUGUGAUAAAAAAUGGAAAACUUUAUCAGAUUUAAAAGCUCAUAUUAAAACUCAUUCGAAUGUUCGACCUUUUAUGUGUGAGAAAUGUGGACAGGCCUAUAAACAUAAACAUGCACUCGAAAUUCAUGUCGGCAUGCAUAAUGGAAUAAAUCCAUUUCAAUGUUGUUUUUGUAGCAAAAGUUUUACUCAAAAAGGAGCUCUUAUCAGACACUUACCGUUACAUACAGGUGAAAAACCUUAUCAAUGUGAUUUAUGUGGUAAAAGAUUUGCUCAUCAUUCUUCGUACAAUAUGCACAUUCUCUCUCAUACGGGUAAAAAACCUCACCAAUGUUCUAUUUGUGAUUUAUCACUUUUAUCAUCGUCUCAUUUAAAGAGACACAUGCGAGUACAUACUGGUGAAAAACCAUAUACCUGUACAUCAUGUGGUAAAAAAUUUGCAGAAAGAUAUAAUUUGCUUUCUCAUCAAAAAAUUCAUACUUCUGCAAAUGGAAUUAAAGCUGACAAAAAUAUACAGUACAAAUGUAAAUAUUGCAAUCAAUUGUUCAUAAAACAAGUACUCUUAGAUGAACAUAUAGAACAACAGCACAAAGUACAAACUCAAGCUGAAAGUAAUUCAAACUGGUUACCUGAACAAUUACAAUCUGGAAAUGUAAAAUCAAAUUUUACUAAAAAUGAUGCAGAAUGGCAAUGUUAUUCUUAUGAUAAAAUGCCGUCAGUUCAGGAAGAUAUAAAGACUGGAUCAUCAAAUAUUUAUAAAGAAUUUAAUACAAUAAUUUAAAACUAAAUCGGAAGAAUCAUUUAAAUGAUAUUGAGGAAAUAAAUUGUGAGUAUUGAAAAACAGUAUCAUUGAAUCGAUAAGAUAAAAUUGAAAAAAAAUGCGAUAAAAAUUUUU